AUGCAUCCUUGUGUUUUUAUAAUCUUCUUACUUUUCUUGCUAUGCCUUCAGAGUACAACUGCCAACGAAUUCGUAGCAGACGAAGGAGUAGGAGGAGGAUAUGAUAAUGCUCUUAUUAACAAAUGUUUGGAUAAGGAGAGACAUGCUCUCCUUCAAUUCAAAGAAAACCUUCAAGACCCUGAUGGUAGUCUCUCUACGUGGAGACCUGAAGAAGAUGACUGUUGUACAUGGCAAGGAGUCAUGUGUGAUGACCAAACAGGUCAUCAUGUCACAGGGCUUCAUAUUCCCUCCGCUGGUCUUGUAGGUGAGAUUAGCCAUUCAUUGAUUAACUUAACCUACUUGAGUCAUCUUUAUCUUUCCUCCAAUUCUUUUCAUGGAGCCAUUCCUCCAGAGUUUGGAAACCUCACCAGCUUGCAAGUGCUUAACCUUCGAGAUGUUGGAAGCUGUAGAGUUGAAAAUCUAGACUGGUUGUCUCAUCUACCCCUCUUGGAGGCACUAGAAAUAGAAGGGAUUUCCCUUGCCAAAGCAAACCAGUGGGUAAAUGUGAUUUCGAAUCUCCCAAAACUAUCAGAUUUAAGGUUAGAUGGAUGUGAGCUCUCACAGGUCAUGUAUCCAUAUUCUUCUUCAUUUCUCAACUCUUCUUCAUCUAUUUCUUUCCUUUCUCUCAGAAACAACAAUCUCACCUCAUCCAUUUAUCAUUGGAUGUUCUCACUAACCAGCAAUAGCCUUCAUAUUCUUGAUCUCUCUGGCAACAUGUUAGAUGGGAUACCCAAAUAUCUUGGUAACCUCUGUAGUUUGGAAAGUUUGCAUUUUAAUAACAACCGUGCUGUUGUCAAAUUUCCUGAUUUUCUGAACAACUUGUCUGGAUGCACAUCACUUACAUUGCAACAGUUGUCUGCUCAAACAAGCCAAUUUACAGGGCCAUUGCCUGAUGACAUUCAAAACUUUUCAUCCCUAGAAGCUCUGUACCUAUCAAAUAAUCACAUAAAUGGAACCAUAAGCGAUAAAUUUUGGGAACUACCCCUUCAUGCGUUUGAUGUUUCUCAAAAUCAUCUUAGUGGUGCCAUCUCUGAAAGCAUUGGAAAGUCGAAGGCUUCUAUUAUAAAUCUUUCAAAAAACCCACUCCAAGGAGUUCCUUCCACAGAUGACAUGUCAAACCUGUCUUCUGUAACGUAUAUUGAUCUGAACUCUUGUAAGCUAGGGCCUCACUUCCCCAAAUGGAUUCAAAUGCUGAAAAAACUUAACGAGCUUGAUAUUUCCAAUACUAGUAUUUCUGACACCGUUCCUCCAGAAUUUUGGAACAUGCAUUUAAACUCUUUGAAUCUCUCUUCCAACAACAUCAGUGGUGAAGUACCAGAUUUAUCAUCAAGUUUUUCCGGUAGUAUAAUGAUAGAUUUGAGUUCCAACAACUUUAAUGGUCCAAUACCACAUCUUCCUUCCAGUUUGGAAUUGUUAAAUCUUUCUAGAAACAAAUUCUCUGGAGGAAUCUCCUUCUUAUGUCAAAUGGUCGAUGGGUGGUUAAAAUUUCUUGACCUCUCCCAUAACUCUCUAACAGGACAACUUCCAGACUGUUUGUGGCAUUUCCAACAUCUAACGGUUCUUAAUCUAGGACACAACAGUCUAUCUGGAAGGCUUCCUCCCUCUAUUGGAUCUUUGAUAGAACUCGAGGCGUUAUACUUAUACAAGAACAACUUCUUUGGAGAAUUGCCUUUGUCUCUAAAGAAUUGCACGAGCUUAACCUCGUUGAAUUUGGGGGCUAACAAGUUUUCGGGUAAUGUGCCUGUUUGGAUUGGUGAAAACCUAUCAGAGAUGUAUGUUCUUAUCCUAAGAUCAAACAAUUUCUUGGGAACCAUCCCUUCAGAAUUAUGUCAGUUAGCAAAUCUUCAAAUUUUAGACUUUUCAAGGAACAAUCUUCAUGGAAGCAUCCCCUCAUGUUUGAAUAAUCUUACAAGAAUGGCUCAAGUAGGAUUCUUACCACCACCAAACGUACAUCCCUAUACAUCACAGUGGCAUUGGGAUCUCAUUGAUGAGGUGUAUGUUGACCAUGCAAUGAUCGAGUGGCAAGGAGAUGAGCGAGAUAAAGCAUCACAAAUUGGUAAAAGCGAGGGUGAUGAGGUAGACAUAGAUGAGCUUGAGAAAUGGUUCUAUAUUGGUGGGGGCACCGGUUUUGUUACUGGAUUUUGUAUAGCAUGUGGUGCUCUACUUCUCAACCGUCGUGGUAGGCAUGCACUUUUUCACUAUUUUGCUACCUUCAAAGAUUGGGUUUAUGUGAAGGUGGUGGUGUUCAUUGCAAUUUUGAAAAGAGUUAGACAUACAUAG